CGUCAACUUCAUAAUCAUAACCUAAAAGGUUGAAAUAUCCCUAAAAUUCAUCAUCAAAGACACGUCUUGAUGAGUCUAUUUUCGUAUCAAACGCGUGAAAAAUCGAUAAAACCGUUAAACGAUACGUCGUAAAUUGCGUCGAAUAUCAUCGGGGACACGUCCCAAAAGCGAAAUAUAUCUGUUAAAAGUAAAUAAUAAGAUUAGUGGGGUAAUGGGAAGGGUCCCGUUUCUCAAAAACUAAUUCACCUCGGUUUUGAUUCGAAAAAUGUUUAAAAAAUUGAAGGAUAAAAUCGCGGAAGAUUUAAAAUUUUCACCACAACGCAUCCAACAACUUACGCAAACGGUGACUGAUCGCCUCGGUGGAUCGGGGGCCUCCGAAGAUAACAAUCUAUUUUCGAUUGCGGAUGACGAUAACGCAAUUUCUCCAAACACAAUGGAUAAUAACUCGGAAAUGUUUACGGAUGUUUCGCUGCAAAGAUCGCCGGGAAUUGAACCCAAAUCGAGGCGUUUAUCUUCAUCCUCGAUGGCUAGCGACGUCUCUUUUUUACCAAGAUACGAACCACCAUCGAAUUUGUAUCAUAUGCAGUCAGAUUUAGACGUUUCGGCGAGUGAAUUUGAAGACGCAUCAAGUACCUCAUCGCAAUUGGGUCAAAUUAGUAAAGAACAAGUUUAUGCGGCAUUUCGAAAGGCUCAAAUGCGUUAUCACAAAUACCGAGGUCGUUACACCGAUUUAGCGAAUCAUUAUAAAAUUUUAGAGCGAGAAAAUGGAAAAAUUAAAUCGGUUUUGGUUGAUACUCAAGAUAAAGCGAUUCGAAGAGCGAAUGAGCUUAAAGAACAAUGUACACUGGAACAAAGAGCCAAAGCUCACUUGGAGAAUGCUUUACGUGUUGAUCUGGAUGAAAAGCAAAUGAAAAUUGAUUCGUUGGAAACUAAAAUUAAAUAUUUGCAGUCUGAAGAAGUUAAUGGGGAGGGUUUGAAUGAAAAAAUACAAGAAUUAAAGGCGAAUUUGAUAGUUUUUAGUACUAGGGAGGUGGAGUAUAAACAAAAAAUUAGUGAGUUGGAGAGUAAUUUGAAAGAAAGAAUGAUGGAGAUUGAAGGGAAUAACUUAAAGAUUGCUAAAACAAAGAUGGAGUUACACUCGGAAAUUAACAACAAAGAUAUUGAGAUUAAUCAAUUAAAAGGGGAAAUUGAUAAAAUUAAAAUUGAGAAUGAUAAGAAUGAAAAGACCAAGUUGGAUGGUGAAGGUGAAAAGAAAUUGGAAAAUUUAAAGGCCCAAAAUGGAAAAUUAAUUGAGAAAAUCGAAAAGUUAACCUCAAAAUUAUCGAAUUAUGACACCGAUUUAAUUAAAUUGGAGCGAAAAGAGAUUGAAAUGAAUAAUUUAAACGUUUUAAUGAACGAAAUUAAGGAGGAAAAUCAACAAUUAAAAGACGAAAUUGUUGCUGUGAAAUUAAAAAGUGAAAAUGAAUUAAAAUCGGUUAGAAAUGAAACUAAAAAUAGUUUGCUUAGUUUGGAAAGUAAAAUCGCUUCUAAAUUACAAGCAGAUUUCGAUUUUAAAGAAGCGGAAUUAAAAAAAGAUUUCGAUAAACGUAUUGAAGAUCUUCAAACAUCCGGAAGCUUAGAAAAGGAACUUAUCGAGACUCAGGAUAAUUUAAAAACGAUCGAGAAUAUUAACGAGGUUCUUAACACCGAAUUGGAAGAGUAUAAAUUAAAAUAUUUCAAUUUGGAGCAGAACCAUUUAGAUUUAAUCGAUGAGAAUGGGAAAAGAAUUCGGAAAGAAUCCGAAUUGGAGAAGGAAAUCGAGAAAUAUUUGGACGAAAUUAAAAUAUUAAAUAGAGAAUUAAUUAAAGAGAAGGAUUUGAAGGAGAAGUUUAAUGUGGAAAUGAUUAAUUUAAAAAAAAUUAAUGAUGACAUAACCUCAAAUUUUGAUGUGAACGUAUCCCAAAUUAAAACUUUAGAGGAUAAAGUUAAUAGUUGUGAAAAUGAAAUUAAAGCUUUAUUGGAUGAGAAUGAAGCUUUAAAAGUGUCUAAAAAUGAAUUGGUUGAGAGUUUAAACGAGGAAAUUAAGAAAUUGAAGGAGGUAAAUGGUGACAUAACCUCAAAUUUUGACGUGAACGUAUCCAAAAUAAAAACUUUGGAGGAUAAAGUUAAAAGUUGCGAAAAUGAAAUUAAAGCUUUAUUGGAUGAGAAUGAAGCUUUAAAAGUGUCUAAAAAUGAAUUGGGUGAGAGUUUAAACGAGGAAAUUAAGAAAUUGAAGGAGGUAAAUGGUGACAUAACCUCAAAUUUUGAUGUGAAUGUAUCCAAAAUUAAAACUUUGGAGGAUAAAGUUAAAAGUUGCGAAAAUGGAAUUAAAGCUUUGUUGGAUGAGAAUGAAGCUUUAAAGGUGUCUAAAAAUGAAUUGGUUGAGAGUUUAAAUGAGGAAAUUAGAAAAUUAAAAGAGGUAAAUGAAAAUUUUGAUGUGAACGUACCCAAAUAUGUUGGUGAAAUUAAAACUUUGGAGGAUAAAGUUAAAAGUUGUGAAAAUGAAAUUAAAGCUUUAUUGGAUGAGAAUGAAGCUUUAAAAGUGUCUAAAAAUGAUUUGGUUGUAAGUUUAAAUGAGGAGAUUAAAAAAUUAAAAGUGGUAAAUGGUGACAUAACCUCAAAUUUUGAUAUGAACGUAUCCAAAAUUAAAACUUUGGAGGAUAAAAUUAAAAGUUGCGAAAAUGAAAUUAAAGCUUUAUUGGAUGAGAAUGCAACUUUAAAAGUGUCUAAAAAUGAAUUGGUUGAAAGUUUAAAUGAGGAAAUUAAAAAAUUAAAAGUGGUAAAUGGUGACAUAACCUCAAAUUUUGAUGUGAACGUAUCCAAAUAUGUUGGUGAAAUUAAAACCUUGGAGGAUAAAGUUAAAAGUUGUGAAAAUGAAAUUAAAGCUUUAUUGGAUGAAAAUGAAGGUUUAAAAGUGUCUAAAAAUGAUUUGGUUGAGAGUUUAAAUGAGGAAAUUAAAAAAUUGAAAGAGGUAAAUGAAAAUUUUGAUGUGAACGUACCCAAAUAUGUUGGUGAAAUUAAAACUUUGAAUGAUAAAGUUAAAAAUUGCGAAAAUGAAAUUAAAGUUUUAUUGGAUGAAAAUGAAGCUUUAAAAGUGUCUAAAAAUGAAUUGGUUGAGAGUUUAAAUGAAGAAAUUAAAAAAUUGAAGGAAGUAAAUGGUAACAUAACCUCAAAUUUAAAAGAAAAUUCUUCAAAACAUAUUGGAGAAAAAAGUUGUGAAAAUAAAAUUAAAGCUUUAUUGGAUGAGAAUGAAGGUAUAAAAAUGUCUAAAAAUGAAUUGAUUGAGAGUUUAAAUGAGGAGAUUAAAAAAUUGAAGGAGGUAAAUGGUAACAUAACCUCAAAUUUAAAAGAAAAUUCUUCAAAACAUAUUGGAGAAGUAAAUAUUAUUGAAAAACAAUUAAAAACUUUACAAAAUGAAUUAGAAAUAAAUAAAAAAUUAAUAGAGAAGUAUGAAAUUGAAAGUGAAGCUUUUAAAAGUGAGGUUAAAAUGGGUAAAAUUGAGCUUGAAAAGUUCCGAAUUGAAAUGAACUCAUUACAAGAUGAAAAUGAGAGUUUAAAAUUAUCUAAAAAUGAAUUAAUUGGAAAUUUAAAUGAGGAAAUUAAGAAAUUAAAAGAAGAAAAUUGUAACAUAACCUCAAAUUUCGAAGAUAAAGUAGAUAACUGUAAAAAAGAAACGAAAUCCUUACAAGAUGAAAUAAAACGUAUGCAAAAUGAGUUGGAAAAGUUCAAGAAAGAGAAUGAAAUUUUAAAUUCAUCGAAGAUUGUUGAAAUUGAGAAAAUUGAGAAAAUUGAUAAACAAAAAAAUGAACUUUUGAAUGAAAAUAAAAAGUUAAAACAAGAUUAUCUCGACUUAAAGAUAUCUUUGGAAACAUUAAAAACGGUUGAGGAAGAAAACCAUAAAUUAAUUGAUGACAUUGAAAUGAUUAGGUCAAAAUUAACCGAGUUAUUAAGCGAAAAUCAAGCUUUAAAAGACGAAUUAAAUAAAUUAAAGUACCUUGAUAACUUAUCGAAAGAAAACGCGAAUAAUUUUGAGGUCUUAAACGAGAGUUAUAAUCGUUUAAACCAAGAAAACGUUGAAUUAGUUCGAAGAAAUCAACAAUUAUCGAGUGAUUACCAACAAAUUGUAACCGAAAAUGAACACAAUUUGUUUGAAUUAGGCGAAUUAAAACUAAAAUACGACGAAUUAACUUUAAAAAUGAACCAAAUCGAUGGUGAGGUUGAAAAAUACGACUCAAAAAUAACCAAAUUAAACCAAGAAUUAGUUGAGGCUAAUUCAAAAUUGAACCGAUUAGAUAAAGAGAAACAAGUUUUAGAGAAUCGCAACGCCUCAGAUGAAAAUAAAUUAAAACAAUUCGUAAACGACAAAGAAAAUCACGAAACGUUAGAAAAAAAAUUCAAAUCAACUAAAACCGAGCUUAGCGAGCUUGUAAAAACUCACGAAGAAAUUGUGAAGGAAAAGAAAUCUUUGGAAAAUCAAUUCCAUGAAUUAGAAAAGCAUUAUAAUGAGAUUACGCAUGAAAAACAAUUAUUAUUAGAUGAAAUCGAUGAGUUAAAAGCAACCCCCAUCAGUUUAUUAACUAAAAAUAACCCGGAAAUUGAAAAUUUAAAGCGAAAAUUAGAUGAAUAUAAAUCGAUAGAUAAAGCUAAUCGAGCAUCAAUUGAAUUUUACGAAAACGAAUUGGAAAAAUUAAAGAAUAAAAACGAUAAAUUAGGCAGGAAAUUGGAUGAAACGUUGGUGGGGUUACCGAAAUUAACGGAAAACGCCGAUUUUAGUAACUCGGAGGCGAUUUUGGAGUACUUAAGAAACGUCAUUUUUAAUUACAUGACCGGGAAGGAAAGCUUGGUUCUUGCCAAAGUAAUCGCGGCCGUUUGUAAAUUCGAUAAGGAUCAAACCGAGUUGGUUUUGCAAAAGGAACAACAAAAACAAUCACUUUUGGGUCAAUUCUUUACGAGCUAA